GCCUCCUGCUUUCCUCUCCUCUCUUUUGCUCCCCCAGUGUUCCUCCUCCUCUCCUCCUCCUCUGUGCUCCGUUUCUCCUCCCGGCAUCUCUGCAUUUCAGUCUUCUUCAUAUCACUUGGAAUGUGGCACUCUUUGGCUUUGACUCUGUUUGGAAUCUCUGCUCUGGUUCAGGUGUCGGUGCAGGGCCCUCACCAGAGGGCUCUGUUGAAAAACCUGCUGAAGGACUAUAACCGUAUGGAGCGGCCCGUUGCCAAUGACUCUCAGCCUCUCACGGUCGUUCUCUCUCUCAGCUUGGUGCAGAUCAUGGAUGUGGAUGAGAAGAAUCAGGUUCUCACCACCAACAUUUGGCUGAACAUGCGGUGGUAUGACCACUAUCUACAGUGGAACCAAUCAGAAUAUCCAGGAGUGAAGAACCUUAGAUUCACCACCGACCAGAUCUGGACACCAGACAUCCUCCUCUAUAACAGUGCUGAUGACGAGUUUGACUCCACCUUUAAGACAAACGUACUAGUGAACUCCAGUGGCUACUGCAGCUACCUGCCUCCAGGUAUCUUCAUGAGCACCUGUAAUGUGGACGUCCGCUGGUUUCCCUUCGACAUCCAGAAGUGUGAGCUGAAAUUCGGCUCGUGGACGUUUGACGGUUGGCUGCUGGACCUCCAGAUGAGUGAGGCCGAUAUCUCCGGCUACAUGCCCAAUGGAGAGUGGGACCUCGUGGGUGUGCCUGGCUCAAGGAACGAGAUUUUCUAUGACUGCUGUAAAGAGCCGUACCCAGACGUGACGUUCGUGGUGACCAUCCGCAGACGAACGCUUUACUACGCCCUGAACCUCCUCAUUCCCUGCGUGCUCCUCUCCUCUAUGACCCUGCUUAUCUUCCUGCUGCCUGCUGAUUCUGGCGAAAAAAUCUCACUGGGUAUUACCGUCCUCCUCUCGCUAACAGUCUUCAUGUUGUUGGUGGCAGAAAUUAUGCCUGCGACCUCUGACUCCAUUCCACUCAUAGGGCAGUACUUUGCUAGUAUAAUGAUCAUCGUUGGAAUGUCAGUCAUAGCGACGGUGGUUGUGCUACAGUAUCAUCAUCAUGACCCAAAUGGAGGAAACAUGCCCAAAUGGGUCCAGCUCGUGUUGCUCCAGUGGGUGGCCUGGUUCUUGCGAAUGAAGCGGCCUGGCGAAGGCGAGGAUCCCGAGCGUCCUCCCUGCGCUCCUCACCUCCGCCGCUGCUCCUCAGGCUCUCAGAGCGGCAGCCUCCCCAACGCUGGAGGUUCAGCCUCGGCCGACCUACACCAUCACCACCAUCACCCACCUACCACCCUUCACCCGCUUCACCCCCAGAGCCUGCUUCACGCGGCAGCUGCUGCAGGCCACCCCAACCACCUGCACUCGCAAAGCAACAGCGCCAACAACAAUGGCAACCUGCUCUACAUUGGCUUCUCCAGCCUGGAUGAGGCUUCACCGCCACCCCUCCUGGCAGAGUCCGUCCAGAGGAACAGCAUGCAGGGCGGCACCCGUCCUGCUGUGGUGUCGCCCCCAGCUGUGCCAUCCUCCAGCCCGCCCCCGCAUCUCCCUUCGCAGUUCUGCAGCCCCCCGCCCCCUCCCACGCCGAACGUGGAAGCCCCCGGGUGUCCCAGCACAGUGUCGGGUGGCGGGGGAGGCUGCUCAUGCUCAGGAGCCAGUGGAGGAGGUGAUCCGCAGCUCCAGGUGAUCCUGGAUGAGGUGCGCUACAUCGCUGACCGCUUCCGCGCACAGGACGAGAGCGAGAGCGUGGCGGAGCAGUGGAAGUUUGCUGCAGCUGUCAUUGACCGCCUCUGCCUGGUGGCAUUUAGUGUCUUCAACAUCAUCUGCACCAUCUCCAUUCUCAUGUCGGCACCCAACUUUGUGGAGGCUGUGUCCAAGGACUUCAUCUGACGAGUCGUGUUUAAUCGGAGAGAACCCAAAAUUGUGGAUGCAUGAAGGUCUGACUGGAACUGGGAGAUCUUUCACUCUCCCAAACUGUUUAUCAAGGACCUUCAUGUCAGAUGUUUAUAAAUUGUGGAUGAAGACUGGACCAUGCCAUAUAACUAGAAGAAGAAGGUAUGUUGGGGAACAUUGAUUUUUCAGGCGCUCUCAGUUAUGCCAGACUUUGGUGGGGGAUAGUGGAGAAGGAACACCUCACUGGACAAGGCUGUGGAGUGAAGAGCAUGUGGAGUCUCCCUAAUUGGCCAAGCAUUCUAGAUUCAAGUUAGGCUAAAGGAUAGAAAACACACAAAAGACACACAAUUGACCUCAAAACUGUGGCAAUGGCAUCUAGUCAGACGUUAACCCCAGAGAUAGGGGAAGACAAUUUAAUUUCAAAGGAUGUAACUGUGGCAUUUGUCUGUUAUGUUCUCUUAGAGCAGUACAAAGUCGGUCUGAAAUGUCAAAAUAUAUUUUGAGAAUGUGUGCGUCUGGGUGAGCGUGUUGUUCUGAAUGGCAAAAAAAUAGAGCUGGUUGGAGGUGAAAGAGAAGUUCAGGAAGUCUGUCUAUGAAGAGGCGGAGUGGGCGGUAUCGACUGAAGGCAGAAAUUUUUGUUACAGAAGAAGAGGAGGGUGAGUUUUUUUUCCCCCUAAAAUAUCGACAGCACACAGUGGAGAGUGGGCAGGCUGUAUCUUCACUUGAGCGAGGGAUAAUAGAUUAAUGCAGACGUUGGGAGAGAAAGAAAGACAGAUCUACUGAGAUAGAGAUGGAUAGAGAAAGUAAGACAUCACAGCAGAAAGAGAAGAGGGGAGGACAAGGACAAAGAGUGAGAGCUAAAGAAAAGAAAGAUAAGGCAAGGAACGAUAGGGAGUAAAUGGAGGAGAUGGGUUAUGGUCAGGCAGGAAAGUGAGACUGAUAGAAAGAAAAAGAAAGAAGGAAGGAUGAGCAGAGUUAGAUAAAUAACACAGUUAGAAGAGAGCGAGACUCAACAACACUUUACUGGCAAGGGAGGAAAUGACCUCGCCGCUGGACAGAGAUAAAAUAGUGCGUCGCAUCCCGAAGCCUAGUGCAGAGACAUCACUCGUUUAGAAAACGAAAGAACAGUACAGCCUCACUCAGAGCAGAGAAGAGAGAUAGAUGAAACUAGAGAUGGAGAACUAGAACGAAUCCCUUGAGUUUGUGAUGGAGCAGUGGCACCGAGACAGUAAAGACACCUUCAAAAUCCUCCAGACUUUCUCCUUUCUUUCCCUCUUUUCUCCUUAUAGCAGAAGGCAACAGACAAUAGAGAGUAGCUGCAGCAGGAAAAGCAGAGUGGCUGCAGAACCCACCCACCGUCAUUUUCCAAUCCUGGACCAAACGGAGCAUUUCUAGCAUUCACAUUUAGCUGAUGCUGUUGCCCAAAGCAACACGCUUGAAGCUGCUGCAGGGACAGUCCCUCUGGGAAGAAGUGCCUCGCUCAAAGGCACUAUAGCGGUAGCCAUGAGCAGGAAUCAAACCCACGAGCCACAGCCAAGUACACCAACAACCUGGCAACUACCACACAGUGUGAACAUGGAUGGCUUUUGAUAUUCCAGUUUUGAUGUCUCCUUUGACCUCUGUCUGUUUCCUCCUAGGGCCCAC